AUGUCAACCGCCCAUGCAUUAGCCUGUGCAAACACCAUUAGAUCUGCUUGCAUUCACAAGCUAGUGUGUCAGAAUAGUCAUGGCUAGUAUCUGCUUGGUAUUACUCACUAUUGUCUUAGUUGGACAUAUACUCGCGGACGGGCAAGUGUGUAAUAAUGGAGCUGUACAGCUAGUAAGAUAUGGUAGUUUCAAUGAAGAGUAUGUCCAGUACUGCCACAAUGGAAAAUGGCAUUCCCUGUGUGCUGGUAGUGGAAGCUGGACGAGAGUGGAGGCCAACGUUGUGUGUAGACAAAUGGGACUCAGCGGCCAAGGAGCCAAGAAAGGAGGAAGUGAUACACCAAGAGCUAGUCAACCCUACUUUAUGUUUGGUGACAUAUCCUGUGCUGGAGGGGAAAGCAGCAUAGGAGAGUGCAGAAUUCAUACCAGUAGUACAUGUAGUUAUAAUAGAGAAGGAUGGGUAAAAUGUCAACUAGCUGAUUGCACUAAUGGAACAGUAAGGCUGGUGGGUGGUACCACUAACAGAGAGGGACGAGUGGACUUCUGUAUACAGGGACAUUGGGCAUCCAUCUGUUACAAUGAAGAUCUAGAGCUGGCAGGCACCUUUUGCAAAAUGUUAGGAUUUCCAAUCGAAGAGGUAAUGGCGCAAAGUACUAAUUCUUCUAUUGAUCCAAAAGUUGAUUGUACAGUGACAAAUGAUGGUACAAAACUGAGCUGCAAAGACUCAGUGCAGAUGCCUACAAGAGGCCUGGCAAGCUUAGUCAUCAAGUGUCAAACUCACAACUAUGCUGUACAGAAUACAACCAGUGCACUAGGAGCAGCGAUUGGACUUCUCGUACUACUAGAAGUAGGGACAGUUAUUGCGUGGGUGGCUUGUACUGUCACAAGGAAAAGGCUCUCAAGCUCACCAAAACAAAGAGUUCUAACACAAGUGAAUGAGAGCUACACUGACACAGCUCUAAUAGAAGAACCAAGCUACAGUUCACUAGGUCCUAACUACAAUACUGGGACCACAAGCGAUAAAGGAAUUGGAGGCUAUGAUGUCAUUGAUCACAACAAACAGAAACCGAAACCAUCCAACCCACCACCAGUGAAGGUUGAGGCCAGUAAGAGUGAAGAUGAGUUCUACAAUGCAGAAGAGCAUAUGUACGCAGCUGUCAAUAAGGAGAAAAAGAAUAAUGUUGGAGGAGAAUAAACUUUGCAACAACAGUUAUAGCUAUGGUGUGUAGAGACACAUUCAUCAUACAGACAUCUUAAUUUAGUAGCUAUGGUUCAUACAACCUUGUGCAUGCAUAAUUAUCAUAACACUGAUUGUACAGUAAUCACAAUACACAGUAAAACCACACGCAGUCAUAAAUGUCAAAACAGUCAAAGAAU